AUGGAGGAAGGCACUCAGGCCUCAGACUGGGACAGUGAUGAAACCGUGAUAGAGGGGUCGGUGACCGAGAGCGACCUGGAAGAAGAGGACCUGCCCUGGAGAAGGUUGCUUUUUGAUCGAAAGAUAUCUCUUAGAUCUGAGUCCAGUCUCCAUCCUGGUACACAUAGAAUGGGCAAAGGCAUACCUUCUCCUGAAAUUCAACUUGGGUUUAAACUCAGAGAGUAUCCACAAGAGCAAAUGAAUGAAAAUAUGACAAUGCCUGUUCCUAGUGAGGAUACAGUCUUACAGCAAUCUCAACUUGGAAUGAAACAAAAUGAAGCCCUGUUACAGACUAGAACAAAUUAUCCAGUGUUCACUGUGUUGGUUCCACAGACUGCACUUUCAAUGAAUCACAAAAACACUCAAGGGCCUGAGACUGAAAAUACUGUGGUUUUACCACACCAAGAAAAGGCUCUAAGUGAAGAUGAAGAUUCUCCUGAAAUUAGCCUUCUCUCAGGUACUGCUAUUAUAGUGUCUGGUAUGGUUGCUGUGAAUGAGAAAUCAUUAAUAGAGCCAGAGACGAUAGUAGCACAAAAUACGUUUUCUGAGCCUGUAAAGAAAGUCACAUUGACUAUGACUUCGGAAGAAACCAAAGAUGAAGAAAGCUCUAUUGAAACUUUUGUGUCUGCCUUAGAAAGGUUACAAACAUCACCAGAAAAUACCCAGGAGGAAAGACCAUUUCAAAUAAUGAAUGAUUUUGAACCUAUAGAGUUGUUGAACCCAUUGAGUGACUCUCAGAGUUCAACACAAACCCCCUUGAAUGUCUCAUGGGCAUGUUCCAUAGAUGUAUUAGAAAACAGAGAGGAUGAUGCACUGCCAGCUGAAUUGUUGGCAGCCCUGAACACACUGUCGGAUGCCAUAGUGGAACCCAUCUGUCACAGAAAAGAGGGAAGCAAGAAUCUCAGUGCUGGAAAUGAAUGUGUAGGAGUGGAACCCAGUAUGUCUCAGACUGAUGAAGGUUGUACACAAAUAGCAGAGACUCAAGAAGGCCUCGAUCCACUUGGAUUGCAAACUUUGGCUCAUCCAAAUGUCACCUCUUGUGAUCAACUAAAUAAUCAGGAGGAUUCAAAUCCAGUGGAAAAUAUCUGUGACCAAGAAAUUCCACAUGUGUUAAGAAGAUCAUUGAGACUGAAAAAAUGGAAAGCAGACAGAGCUGGAAAGCACGCAGAUGAUGUGUAUAAGAUGCCAGAAAAAAAUUUACCAAAAGUGCUUAGCUUCAAGCGUCGAAAAAAUAACAGAUCUUUAACUAAGAAUUCUAGCAUGCAGGAUUCUGCUUUAACAACUGAAGGUAAAAGGAAGAAUGUCCAUUCAUUUAGACUCAAGAGUGGAGAACAGAUCAAGAAAAGCAAAUUUGCAGCAAAAAAUGAAAAAAUGAAGAUGAAUAAGAUGUAUCUUUCUAGUAUUAACCGGAAAAACAUUUUUGGAGAAAACUUACUGUAUAGGGCUGCUCUGCAAAAUGAUGUUGAUCUUGUUCAUCAUUGUAUAAAAAAAGGUGGAAAUGUAAAUCAGCCAAGUUAUGCUGGUUGGACCGCACUUCAUGAAGCUAGUGCUGCGGGAUUUUAUCAGAUAACAAGUGAACUAUUAAAAGGUGGAGCAGAUAUAAAUGUCAAAGGAAGGUACCAGAUCACCCCGCUACAUGAUGCUGUGAUGAGUGGACAUUAUAAGGUGGCAGAAUUACUUCUCCUGAAUGGAGCAGAUCCUUUAUUUAGAAGUGACAGUGGAAAGUGUGCUUUGGAUGAGGCCAAGGAUUCACGUAUGAAGCAUCUCCUUGAGCAUUAUGUUCCUAAGCAUCAUAAACAUCUUAUACCAGCCCAAAAGAAUAGCACCAACGUAGUGGAUGUAGAGGAUGCACACCAGCACAAGAAACCAAAAUAUAGUUCUAAAAGGUGCAUUUGGAUUGUUGAUGAUGAAAAUUCCAACAGACAGAAGCAAGAACAUGUAAAAGUCCACAAAGGAAGCAAAGAUAGUUUACUUAUAAAUAAAGAAGAUAUAUAUGAGUAUUAUCAAAAAGAUUCCCAAAACACAAAAUUUGGUAAAUCUAAGCGAAAGCAGUCAACUCUUGACCAAAUACACUCUGAAGGAUUCCGAAAGGAUAAUCUUCGUAAUGUCAGAGACCCCAGCACAAAUGUGUCUAAUAAUAAAGGAAGAAGAAAUACAAAACAUAAAAACACUCAAGGGGAUAAUGGAUACUGCAAUCCAAGAAAGACAAGAGCUGUCACUUCUUCUAGAAGAACAAACAGAUUGGUUUCACAGCAGCGUAUUCUCCAAACCCUUGAUGGCCUUCCAAAAGAAUCAUGUAAAUCUUCCAGCCUAACUCUCUCAAGCCUGACAAAUGGCGUAGGUAACAAUAUCAAGGCUUGUUCAGUUUCUAAAGAUACGCAUACUCAGAGCUUAGAUUUAUCAGGUAGUCAGAAAGUACAAUUCUUGGAAUUGGAAUCCAUUGACCAAACUGAAAUUUCUUUCUCAGGACUUUCUUUGCAUAAAGAAAUCAAGUUACCAUCUGAGCCCUUUCAUACUGACAAAAAACAGCAUGUUAGCCCUUAUAAAUUUCUUGAAAAUGGUAACUCAGGUCAAAAAGAUGAGAGCUUUAAUAAGUGGGAAAAUUCUGUCUCAUCCAUUGUAAAGGAAAAUACUGAUGAUGAUGGUGGUAGUGGUGAUUGCUUUACCACUGAGAAGACAGUGAUCUCUAAAGAGGUGGUAUGUUCCACAGAUUGCCAAAACCACUAUAAUUGUAAAGGAAAUAUAACAAAUGUAGAAGGAAUGUGUUUUCAACAGUAUUUCCCUUCUGAGCACCAUUAUUCACAGGAAAAUGCAUUAAAAGUAGACAACCUAACCAUACUUCCACAGCAGGAAGUUGUUACUAUUUCUGAUUCAGAUAAUACAGUCAUUUCUGAACAACAUUUUGCAAAUUAUGAGCAAUAUAUAUAUGGAACUUCUUUUGAUCACUCACUUGUGAAUCCUAAACAAACUUCCCUGGCUUGUACAAGAACAAUUUCAACACAUGAAGUUUCAGAGUUGACUAGUCAUGUGGAACGACUCAAAAGACCUCAGGAUUAUAACCCCAGAGCACCAACUGCUUUAAUGAAUCAAACAGAAACAUGUAUUGUGGAAAAGGUGAAUGAUGAAAAAGAUACUAAAAAGAAUUACACUGACAAAGAUCAAGAAACAAGUUAUUCUAGUCAGCCUUUUUCCACAGUUUUUCAUUCGGAAGUAAAAGAAACAACUGAAAUUGAAAAAAUAGGACAAUACCUUCCAGAGAGUGAGACCAUAUGUAAUGUAGAUUUUCAUCCCACUGACAAUAUGAAUAAAGAAUUGAUGAACAACUCACAACUUAAUCAUAGAGGAGAGAAGGAAAUUUCUCCCAAACCAGGUAUUAAAAUGGGAACAGCUGGAGUCAAUAAGAGGACCACUACAGGGGAAAGUCAACUUCAUUUGGCUGCCAGAAGAGGAACUUUAUCUCUGGUGAAAGCAUUAAUAGAAUGUAGAGCAGAUGUGAAUCUAAAAGAUAAUGCAGGUUGGACACCACUUCAUGAGGCAUCCAGUGAGAGAUCUAAUGAUACAACUGUAGAGUUAUUAAAAGCUGGUGCUAAUGGUAAUAGUGAAAAUCUAGAUGGAAUUCUGCCCUUACAUGAUGCUGUUACGAACAGUCAUUUAAAGGCAGCUGAAAUUCUAUUACAACACGAAGCAAAUCCUAAUCAAAAAUACCAAAAACAGAAGACUGCUUUGGAUGAAGCAGAUGAUGAAAAAAUGAAAGAACUUCUGAAAUCUUACAGUGCUAUUGAGACUAGUAGUGGGGAUGAGAAUAAUACUGUAAAAAGUCCUGUUGUCCAGUCAAAAAGACACAAACAGUGUGUUUGUGACGACUGUAAAACUGUUGAUCUUCCUUCCCUUUCACACCAAGGAAAAACAAGGGAAAGCCUUAUGGUAAGUGAACAUCAGACCAUCAGUGACAUUCUACAAGACAUAGAAGAAAAACAAGAGCAUUUAUUAACAUUUGAAAUAAGAACUCCUGAAGAUGCAGAACAAUACGUUGAAAAGAUGUUACAGAUCAAACAGGUGAUGGAUAGUGUGCUUGCCAAACAGAAGGCAGAAAGGGAUGAUCUGGCUAAAAAAUACAGGAUGUCCAUAGAGUCUUUUAAGCAUGGAGCUCUGAGAGAACAACUGGCUAACUUGGCCACAAGACAGAAGAGCCUUUUAGUCGUGGCAAAAAAACAGAGAAAUAUAAGCCUGAAAAUUCAAAACUAUAAGAAUGCUACAUCACUGUCUGGACUUAGCUUGAAGAAGCUACCAGCUACCCCAGAAUGCUCUAAUGAAAAGGACAGCCAAAAGCUUACUAGCCUGGAAAAAUCAGUACAGCUCAAAUCAGGUUCACUUUCCCCUGCCACCCUUGUUUGUGGAAACAUACAGGAAACACAAUUGUCUCUGGGAACUUGCAGUACAGUUCAGAAUGGCAGCCAAAAGACCAACAUAUGCCUUAAUUCAGAGACAGGGAGAAAGGAAGAAUUUUCUGGACCUGAGCAGAAUUCCAAACAAAAUGACAGUGACUAUACCUUGGAUAGGUCACCAAAAUCUAGUCAUUUAGAUGGCACUGAAAUUAACUUACCGUUACAACCCAUGGCUUUUAUUGCUCUAGCAGAUUAUUCACAGAAAGAAAAUGAUCUUAUAAAAACUACAGCCAAAGAAUGUGAAUCCUGCAAUCCUUCCUCAGCUCCUGGUGCAAUAAAUAUUUCAGAAAUCACAAGUGUACUUGCCCAAAAGGAUCCCUAUCCAUCAGCUGUUACUUUUGACCAAGCUGUUUCCAGUUAUGAUCUAAAAAGAAGAAACAAGAAAACAGCUUCCCAGCAACCACCUAGGCCAGCCUCAGAAUCCCUGACACAUCACAGAACUGCUGUCGUAGGCAGUGAUACUGAGCAUCAGAUGAAACCAUAUCUUAAAAAAUCAGCUUCAGCUGUUCCAUGUGCAGAUGACAGUCAGAGCACCACCUCUCGGUCCUUCCAUCAACGUACUAUUACAAAGCCUUUAAAUUACAACAUAGCUCCUAAAAAGAAAUAUAUGCAGAUAAAAGAUCUGAUGUUAUUAGGAAAAAUUAAUCCAGGAAAUAACAUUCUGGAAUUCAAAACACAGGAGACUACCCACAAAGCCAGUAUUUUAGUGAGUGGUAAAAUUAAGGUAGAAAAUGGUCAGAUUUAUCAAAAUCCAGUUACCUGGCUCAAGGAUCUCCUAGGAAGUGACAGUUCUGUGACCUGGAAUUAUGCUUGGAGUAAGGUAACAUAUCUUGGGAAAGAGCUUUUAAAGUAUAUUUCUGAAGAAGUAUCCCUGCCUCCAGAACCAAACUGGGUACCUCAGCAACAUCGACCUUGUCUUCCAGAAAUACUCUGUUUAGAUGACCCAGUAUAGGAACAAAAAUAGGUGCUGGAUAAAAGGAAAUUUGAACAAGGAACUCACAGAGAGCCAAUUCAAAGGAACCCACAUUAUCUACAAAUAAAUGAGAUACUGUUAAUCAGCGAUCAAGAACUUCUUCCAUGCCAUAUAAUGGAUCAGCAUUGGAAGUUCUAUGCAGAAUGUGAGGAACUAACCUUCUAA